UCGUAGCUAAAUUUGACGUCACGCAAGUGUACGCCAUUUUGUAAGUGUCUGCCGUACUCAGUUUUCUAGCCAAAGUGUUAAAAUAAUUUAUCUCGCAUGAAUUUGUAUACGUUUAUAAGAUAGAUAAUUACAAACCUAUUUAACGUUUCGUACGUUAAAUCUACAGACACAAAGUAUGGAGGACAAAGCGUCGUUAAAAGAACUGGAUCAGUGGAUAGAGCAACUAAAUGAAUGCAAGCAAUUGACAGAAAAUCAAGUAAAAACGUUAUGCGACAAGGCAAAGGAGAUUCUCACUAAGGAGUCGAACGUCCAGGAGGUGAAAUGCCCCGUGACGGUCUGCGGGGACGUCCACGGACAGUUCCACGACCUGAUGGAGCUGUUCCGCAUCGGGGGCAGGUCGCCGGACACCAACUACCUGUUCAUGGGGGACUACGUGGACCGCGGCUACUACAGUGUGGAGACCGUCACGUUGCUCGUCGCACUUAAGGUGCGAUACCGCGAAAGAAUAACCAUCCUUCGCGGGAACCACGAGUCCCGUCAGAUCACCCAGGUGUACGGGUUCUAUGACGAGUGCCUGCGCAAAUACGGCAACGCGUCUGUCUGGAAGCACUUCACGGACUUGUUCGACUUCCUGCCCCUGACCGCGUUGGUGGACGGCCAGAUAUUCUGCCUCCACGGCGGCCUCAGCCCUUCUAUCGACACCCUGGACCAUAUUAGGGCGCUUGACCGCUUGCAGGAGGUGCCCCAUGAGGGACCCAUGUGUGAUCUGCUAUGGAGUGACCCUGAUGAUAGAGGCGGAUGGGGAAUAUCUCCCCGCGGCGCUGGCUACACGUUCGGCCAGGACAUCUCGGAGACGUUCAACCACAGCAACGGCCUGACGCUGGUCUCCCGCGCCCACCAGCUCGUCAUGGAGGGCUACAACUGGUGCCACGACCGGAACGUGGUCACUAUAUUCUCAGCACCAAACUACUGCUAUAGAUGUGGUAAUCAAGCCGCCAUUAUGGAAUUGGAUGAUGCGCUUAAGUACUCAUUCCUCCAGUUCGACCCGGCCCCGCGGCGCGGAGAGCCGCACGUGACGCGGCGGACGCCAGAUUACUUCAUGUAGGCUGCAUCGGAGGCGCAUAUCACGCAGCAGCGGUGCGGGGCGCCCCCCUCCGCCCCCUCCCCGCGACCGAGGGCCCCCCACUCCCCCCACUAUGUUUCAUGUUCGCCGGUUUCGAAGUCGUUUAUAUCCGGAAACGUCGCGUUUUGUUCGCCUUUAUUACAGUGUUAUUUUAAAUCUUAUUUGCUUUUAUUUCUCUUUUAUAUCUGUUGAUAUCUAUAUCUACUCGUAUGAGUUGUAUUGCACAAUGUGAUCAAAAGUGUUACGUUUUGACAAUAAUGGGACUAAUUGUCCCUCUUUCAAUGCAAUUUAUUGGUGACGUAUUAAUGGUUUAGCGAUUCUGUCCAUUGUGAAAUGAAUAUAGAAACACUAAAUCUCAAUAAAAACUGCUUUGAAUAGUGACCAGAAACUGUCUUCUCAAAAUCAUAUUUAGCACCAAACAGGUAUUAAGUUAGUAUUUGUAUCUGUUAAUAAUGGGUAAAAAUUUCAGUAUCCUGUUAAGAAUCCACCACUAAUCAUUUCCAUUUUUUGGCAUAGAGUAAAGAUAUUAACUUAUCAAGAAACACAGUAAAUCCGAUCGCGUCAUGUUCGUGUUGGUAAGACGUGUUUGCAAACAAGAUGUGAGAUUGCAGUUUAAUUUAGUAAAUAUUGGUAUUGUUUAGCUAUCUGGCUAAAUAAUUUAUAUUGUACAUUGGGCGUUACGUAUAACUUACGUUUUUAUGAAACCAAAACAAAUGAACAAUAUCGUUGAAAAUGAUUUUGAUAAUACAGUAUUUAGUGGACUAAAUGGUGAAUUUUAUGUUCUUUCAAUAUUUUAAUCUGUUGACAAAGCAGACCAACGCAUUAAACUUUCAAUGUAAACAGAUGAUUUUUAUGGUAUUUUGCAAAUAGAAGAUGUAAAAUUGAUUUUCGACGAAGGUUAAUUAAUGGUGAUUUUUUUUUGCUUUAUACAAUAAUGGAGAUUUACAUCUCCGGAUAAUUUGAGCGAAUCGUAAAUUCCCAAGUCCCUCGGUCGUGUCGAACAAUAAACGUAUGGGUUAUGGAAGUAGCUUAUAUCUGGUGUGAAAAUUGCGUGCGGGAGCGCACGAGUGCAUUUAAAUUUUAAGUGGAUGUCACCGCGGCGCACACGCAGAAUGACUUAUUUCAUGAAUAAGCGAUUCGCAAAAUGUCAUGAUGUUUCCUACAUACUAAUGUGAUAAUUACGUCGAUGACUUUUUUCCAACGGGAUUUUCGGUCGGGUAUUUUUUUAAAUUGCUGACACACUAACUCUGUGUGUUUCUUUCUUAUGACUGAUGUUCUUCAUCGAAUGACAGUCUAGUUUCGAACGAAAAUCGCUGCUUUUAUUGUGGUACCAGAUUAAAAUUCUGCAGCAUUUUCACACGACUUGGGAUAUUGGUCAUUCUGUGUGUGUUCCGCAAGCGCAAUUUGUAAUUAGUCUUGCCCGAUCACUGCUACCGUCUCGUUGGUAUGUUCAUUAGGGCCGCGUCGUAUCCUCUAUGUAAUGUAUCGAGAAAUUUGACCAUAUUAAACACCGUAAAUUUACUAA